AUGCGAAUGCAUAAUAUUAGCUCACUCAAGCAAGAAUUCCUGAAGAAAUGGGCAAUGGGUCUUCAAACAUAUAGGGCUUCAAAGAAAGACAUGAGCAUUUGGGAGAGAAAGAAGGCAAUAAAGCUAUCGGCCGACAUUGCCAUGGCUUCCACUAGAACUGCAAAUUCUUAUUGGAGUCGCGCUCUAAUUUACAAUUCUUCAAAAAAUCACUGUAACAAGGUCCCUGUUGAGCAUGUGUUAGGUUCAGAAUCUGAGUGCUUAGUGAAAGCUUCAACUCAGUUGGUGAUGAACAACAAGAGAGUUAGAAGCAAGAAGAUUUUAAAGAGGAGCUGUAGUGUUCGUAGAAUGAAGAAAAUAUUAGCAGUACCCCAAGUGGGUUUAGCUAGUUCUAUUGCCAAGAGGUUAGUGAAGAAAAGAACCCAAGUGCUGAAGAGUCUUCUACCUGGUGGAGAAUUCAUGGAUGAAUUCUCUCUCAUCAAAGAAACCCUAGACUAUAUCGUCUCACUUCGAGUUCAAGUUGAUGUAAUGCAGCAACUUGCUGAUGCUACCGAUCGUUUGAAUCGUAGUAAGGUUAUUAAUAAGGAAUAGUU